CAGCGUUUUCUUGUCCAUCCUUUUUCGCCUUUUCUUGUUUCCAACCCACAUUAAUACAAAACUUUAAUAUACUCUCAGCAGUUAAACGAAGUUUCUCCGAGAUUUAUUUUGAAUUUUGUUGAUGCGCUCUGUUCUCUCCUCCCAGCUCACGGACAAUUCCGCUGUCCAAUCUGGUGAAUCAUUUUUUUUUAUUUUAUCAUUUCCCCAUCUUUGGCGUCUUCUUGCGGAGGCGUAAGAGUUGAGCGUCCAAUUAUUGCUGGGUUUUUCAAAUUCCUCGCUUUUUCCUCUUUUUUGGGUUGCCCCUGAAUUCCUUUGCAGAGGGGUUAAGAAAGGAAAGGGGAAUAAAAAGAGAGAGAAGAAAAACAGCCUCCGACCUCCAUUUUAUCUUCUUGCCCCCCGUGCAUUUUCAUCUGGGUUCGUCUUUGCUUUGCGACAUUUGGUCGGAAACAUAAGGUCUUUCUUGUCUUGUUUUUAUAUCUUGCUUUUCCCUUCUCUGCUCUGUGUCAGCCUCUUGGGGUCCUAGUGCGCUGCGGAGUUAAGAGCAUUCGUUUCUUCGAACCUCUCGGGUUGUUGAACCUUUUUGCUUUAGUGGGUCUCUGGCUUUGUCGUCUUCGGAGGUGAAAAUCUAAGUUAAAACUGAGCUUCGGGCUAUACUGUUCGGAUCCGGUAAUCUUCUGCUUGAGCACUGGGCGAUUAAAUUAUAAAUCCAGGCUCUUUUGGCGCUUGGUGUAAAGAUCUCGGCCUCCUCAUUCAAGGCAGGAAACAAAAGCUGGACCUUAAUGUCUUGUUGCCAAUGAUUGAUUGAUCAUUCAGUGAUGUCAAGGAUCUCCAAGUGGAAGCCUGAGAAGACAAAAACGAAAGUGGUCUUUAGGCUUCAAUUUCAUGCCACACAUAUUCCUCAAACUGGAUGGGACAAAUUGUUUAUAUCAUUUAUUCCAGCUGAUUCUGGAAAGGCAACAGCUAAGACAACAAAGGCUAAUGUGAGAAAUGGCACCUGCAAAUGGGCGGAUCCCAUCUAUGAAACUACGAGGCUUCUUCAAGACAUUAGAACAAGACAAUAUGAUGAAAAGCCAUACAAACUUGUUGUGGCAAUGGGUUCUUCGAGGUCUAGCCUCCUUGGUGAGGCCACGAUCAAUCUUUCUGAUUAUGCUGAUGCUCUAAAGCCUUCUUCUGUUUCGCUGUCUCUUCGGGGAUGUGACUCUGGAGCUAUAUUACAUGUUACGAUACAGCUGCUUACUUCUAAAACUGGUUUCAGAGAGUUUGAACAGCAAAGGGAGCUCAGAGAGAGGGGCCUGCUGACUACUUCUGACCAAAAUGGUCGAAGUGAAUCUGUUAGUGGAAGACUGUCAUCAUCUGAAGAGAUUGUUAGUGAACAUACGGACUAUGCAAGGGUCAGAUUCAAACAUGAAUCUAGAGAGCUUCUGUCAAAUGAAGAAGAGAUGGUUCUGAAUGAAGAGCAUGCGGAUUCGCCCAUUGGGUUAGAUGGCUCUUCAAAUACCUCAGGAUCUUUAUAUGCAGAGAAACAUGAUACAUCAAGUGCACAUGAAAUAGACAGCAUUAAGAGUACCGUGUCUGGUGAUUUGGGUGGGCUUUCCCUCAGUCAAAGCCCUCGGCCGGGAAAAGCCGACCCUUCAGAUCAGAGGCAUGUUGGGACCAGUGACUGGGUUCAUGGCUGGGGUUCAGAUUAUUCUGCAGAGAAUGACUUGGCAAUUACAUAUGAGGAAAAUAACCGACUUAGAGGAAGCCUGGAAGCAGCCGAGUCAUCUCUUCACGAACUGAAAUCAGAGGUAAGCUCUUUACAAAGUCAUGCUGACAAUUUAGGCGGUGAAGCACAGAAGUUUGCUCAGCAGCUUGCUGCUGAGAUGGCUUCUGGAGAAAAUCUGGCGCGGGAGGUGGCUGUGCUGAAAUCUGAAUGUUCGAAAUUCAAAGCUCAAAUUGAGAUGCUGAAGAUUGAUAACUUAAGCUCACCUUAUGUUGGAAGAGACAUGGUUGGAUUGGACCAGGAUCAAGAUCUAAAGCUUAGAUGCUUUAGAGGACUUCUUCUUAUGGAGGAUAAGAUCAGAGAGCUUCAGAAUAAGACGUGCUUGGGACUUCAUGACAGGGACUUCAGAUUUCUGGGAUCUGACUUGGAGGCCUUGCUCGUUAUGCUGCAGGAUCUCAAGCAAGGAACUGGACAGGCCGUUUCUAGAAUCAGCUUUGCACCCCCAGAAGGAGGUGCCCUAAAGCAGGUUGGAGAUUUGAGUAUAAAUGAGAGCAAGAAACUUGUAUCCCAGAUUGAGUUCGGUACAGACUUGUAUCAACCUGAAAGCAUGCUUCAUCAUCUUAGCGUAUCGGGCCUAUCUCAUGACCCCAGUCCUGCUGAUGUCACUGAUCCAAUGAAAGACAGAAUAGUUGAACUUUUAAGAGAGCUGGACGAGUCAAAAGCUGAAAGGGAGAGCCUCACUCAGAAGAUGGACCAGAUGGAAUGUCAUUACGAAGCUCUCGUUCAGGAGCUUGAGGGAAAUCAGAGGCAUAUGCUGGGAGAACUGCAGAAUCUUAGAAAUGAGCAUACUGCUUGCUUAUACGCUGUUUCUACAGCUAAUGCGGAGAUGGAUAGAAUGCGCCAGGAUAUGAAUGAACAGCUGCUGAGAUUUACAGAAGAGAAGCGCGAGUUAGAUUUACUUAAUAAAGAGCUUGAGAGAAGAGCUGCCACUGCAGAGGCUGCACUCAAAAGGGCUCGGUUAAAUUAUUCAAUUGCGGUCAACCAAUUGCAGAAGGAUCUCGAGCUGCUCUCUGGGCAGGUUUCAUCCAUGUAUGAAGCUAAUGAGAAUCUCAUCAAGAAAGCAUUCGAAGAUUCCGCACCACAAGGCUUUCAAGGAGUGACUGAAAAUUUGCAGAAUCAGAAGCCGGACCCAGGGGAUGUUCAUGCAACCAAGCUUUUGCAACGUCCGAAUAUGUCUAUAGUGCAAAAGAAACAACAAGUGCGUGGAGAUAUCCUUCUAGACGACUUAAGAAGAUCCUUGCAUUUGCAGGAAGAACUUUACCAGAAGGUUGAAGAGGAAGUUUGUGAUGCAAAUUUUGAGAUAAUCUAUUUAGAUGUGUUUUCCAAGACUUUGCGGGAAACUUUGCGUGAAGCAAGUAGUGAUAUUACAGUAACAAAGAACAGGGUAGAUAAACUCACAAGGCAGUUGGAGCUGGUGACGGAAUCCAAAGAUGUAUUGACACGAAAGCUGGAAAGUGUUAUGAAUGAGGUUCGAUCCCUAAGUGAUUGCAAGGAAGCUUUCUCUCUAAAGUACAACGAAAUGACUGUCCAGAAUCAAAUGUUGGAAUCAAAUUUACAGACCAUAACCUUUGAAAACCAUUCCCUUGAACAGAAAAUUAGGGAGUUGGAGUCCUUGAUGACUGAAUGUAGAAGUUAUAGACACAAAUUUGAGACCAGUGAUGCAGAGAGAAUUGAAUUGGCAGAUCAACUGAGAAAGGAAGUCGAGGAUUCUGCGAUACUUAGAACUGAAAAGGCCGCUCUGCAGGGAGAGUUGCAAACUCUCAAACAGAAAAUUGAGGAGGUGGCAUCUGCGAAGGAAUAUCUGCAGAACACCGUCCACAAUUUGCAAGAUAUGUUAAUGUGUCAUGACAUGAACUUUGAUGGGGAAUUGCUGCUUAGAGAAUCAGACCACCAGGACACUGAAUCCGGGUAUCUAAACAAUAUUGUGUCAAAAUUGGCAGACAUUCAGCAGAGUGCACGUGAUAAAUAUUUACAAGUCAUGGAAGAGAGAAAAGCUUUAGAAACGGAAAGAAAUGUAGCUGUAGCUUCCUUAAGUACAUCUGAAUCUAAUAUCUUCUCUGUGAAAGAGAAAUUUGGCCAUGACUUACGCGUUAUGCUAGAUAAACUAAGCAUGUCAAACUCAUUGGUGCAGAAGCUGCAAAUAGAAGUUGAGGCUCUUGCUAACAGACUCGGAUCGAGCUCAGAAGCAGAAGAAAGACAUGAACAGCGGCAGAAAGAAGCUCUUGCUGAUCUUUGGCGGUUGGAACUUGAGCUUGAACAGCUUAUAUCAAGGAAUGAAGAUCUUUCUCAGAAAUUCCUGGCACUAGAAAGCAUAAGUGAGGAACUUGGACAAAGUAAGUUGAUUAUAGCUGAAUGUACCAAGGAAAAUCAUGCUUUGAUGGCAUCUCUACAGAGUAAAACUGAAACAUCUUCUCAGCUGGAAUUGGAGGUUUCCGAAUUGAGAGAAAACUUGCAAUCUCAGGAGACGGAGUUGCAUAAUCAGAGAAGCUACAUAGAAAAAUUAGAGAUCAAUAUAUCUGAUCUUACCUCCGAAUUGAAUGAGAAGCACUGCCAGUUGCUUAGUCUUGACGAACAGAGAGAUGAACUGCUCCAUCUGAGGCAAUUAAUUUCGAAUUUAGAGCUGGAGAAUUCAAGAGUUGGUGAUCUCCUCUUGCAUAGUGAAAAAUGUCUAAAAGUUUCCCGUGAAGAAUCUUCUUCUGUUGCUGAAUUGGAAAAUCGGUUGUUUGAAAUGCACGAAUUCUUGAUAUCUGCAGAUAUCCAGUUAAUUUUCACUAGAGUUCAGUAUGAGAUGGGGAUUCAAGAUUUUGUCCAGCAGCUUCAGUGCUCAGAUAGGUACCUUGAGAUGUUACAGCAGAAGAAUCUUGGCCUUGAAUCGAGACUCAGUUGCUGUCUUGCAAAUGAGGCACAUCAUGUCGAAGAAAGCAUGAAGUUGUUGACACGUCUUGAGUCCCUGAGAUCUGAUUUAGAAGCCUCAAUUGCUCAGACCAGAGAAUUGCACGAUGUUAAUAAGGUUCUGAUGACUGAGCUCGAGGAGCACAGGAAGAGAGAUGAGACGUUGGAUGCUAGUAUCUGCGAGGAGAGGAGGAAGCAUGCUGAAAGUCUUGAGUCCUUGAAAUCUGAUUUAGAUGCUUCGAUUGCUCAAAACAGAUUACUCCAUGAUACUCAUAAUGUCCUGAAGGCUGAGACCGAAGAACACAGACAAAGAAGUGAAUCUUGGGAAACUAGUAUUUGUGUGGAAAGAAGGGAGCAUGCUGACAGUAUCGAGUCCCUGAGAUCUGAUUUAGAAGCAUGCAUUGCUGAAAGUAGAGUGCUUCAUGAUACUAUUGGCAUUCUGAAGGCUGAGCUUGAGGAACACAGGAAUACAAAUGCAAUGUUGGAAGCUGGUAUUUGUGAGGAAAGGAGAAAGCAUGCUGAAAGUCUUGAGUCCCUAAAAUCUGAUUUGGAAGCCUCCAUUGCUCAGAAUAGAGUACUUGAAGGUACUAAUAAUGGCCUGAAAGCUGAGCUAGAGGAACACGGGAAGAUGAAUGAAAUGUUGGGUGCUAGUAUUAGUGAAGAAAGAAGGAAGCAUGAUGACAGUAUUGAGUCCCUAAGAUCUGACUUGGAAGCCUCGGUUGCUCAGUAUAGGAAGCUUCGAGAGACUAAUAAUGCUCUGAUGGCUGAGCUUGAGGAACAUAAGAAAAGAUUUGAAACAAGGGAUGCUAGCAUCUGCGAGGAAAGAAGAAAGCAUACUGAAAGUCUUGAUUGCCUGAACUCUAACUUAGAAGACUUAAUUGCUCAAAAUAGAAAACUCUAUGAUGCCAAUAAUGAACUAACGGCAGAGCUUGAGGAAUAUAGAAAAAGAAACCAACACUGGGAUGCUAGUGUGCGUGAGGAAAGGAGAAAGCAUGCUUCCGAGGCUGAAAUGCUCAAGAGUCUGUUGAUGCUUUCUGAAGAAGAGAUUGAUGGGUUAAUGCUUGUAAAUGAGGAACUGCAAGUGAAACUUCUGGUGCUUGAAGGGAAGAUAGAAGAACAGAGUUCUCAGUUGACUUUGCUAGAACGAUGUAAUGAUGAAAUCGUUGUGAUGCAGAAGCAGUGUAAAGAGCUUACUGAGAAGCUAUCUGAACAAGUAAUGAAGACUGAAGAAUUUAAAAGCUUGGCCAUUCAUUUGAAGGAGCUCAAAGAUGAGGCUGAUGCUGAGGUUCUCCAGGCACGUGAAAAGAAAGAAACUGAUGGACAAACAUAUGCUGUACAAGAGUCAUUGAGAAUUGCAUUUAUCAAGGAGCAGUAUGAAACCAAGCUGCAAGAACUGAAACAACAGCUUUCCAUGUCAAAGAAGCAUAGCGAGGAAAUGCUCUGGAAAUUACAGGAUGCCGUUGACGAAGUUGAAAGCAGAAAGAAAUCUGAAGCUUCUAAUAUGAAGAAAAAUGAAGAGUUGGGUGUGAAGAUCUUGGAACUGGAGUCUGAGUUACAAGCAGCAGUUGCUGAGAAGCGUGAGAAAUCGAUGGCUUUCGACUGUAUGAAGGCGGAGAUGGAAUGCUCAUUAAUAAGCCUCGAGUGCUGCAAAGAAGAAAAACAAAAGCUUGAAGCUUCUUUGCUCGAAUGUAACGAGGAGAAGACUAAGAUUGCCACUGAACUCACACUAGUGAAGGAACUUCUUGAGAGUUCCAAAACACCUACAAGGAUUCUGGAGAAGGAUGCUGAUCAAUCACAGAUGGAUUGCAUGCCCGAUAACCUGGUUGUAGGGACUCUACAUUCUGCAAAAUCACUAAAUCGUGAUGAAGCUGAUGAAUGCACAAAUCAUGAUCAUGAAGAUGCCCAUGCAAGUGGACUCAUGAGCAUGCAAUCUAAACAGGAUCUUCUCACCUCUAAAGGAGAAAAUGGAAUACAAAACCUUGCACCAGUCGAUUGCGAUAAUGCUUUGCACAGUGACAGAAAGGAUCUUGAUCUCCUUCAUGAUCAAUUCAAAGUACAAGUUUUAAAGUCAAGCAUGGACAAUUUAAGCAAAGAGUUGGAAAAGAUGAAAAAUGAGAAUUGGCUUCUUUCUCAAGAUGAUCAUUUUGCUGAUCCAAAGUUUCCAGAAUUGCAGAGGGAAUUAAUGCGAUUAGAUAAGGCAAAUGAAGAACUGGGCAGCAAAUUUCCUUUGUUCAAUGAGAUCUCAGGCGGCGGCAACGCUUUAGAAAGAGUACUUGCUUUAGAAAUUGAACUAGCUGAAGCAUUGCAGGCAAAGAAAAAAUCGACAAUCCAAUUCCAAAGCUCUUUCUUAAGACAACACAGUGGUGAGGAAGCAAUAUUCAAGAGCUUUAGAGACAUCAAUGAGCUGAUCAAAGACAUGCUGGAGAUAAAGGGAAAGUACGCAGCUGUGGAAGGCGAGCUAAAAGAAAUGCACGAACGCUACUCUCAAUUAAGCCUUCAAUUUGCCGAGGUUGAAGGAGAAAGACAGAAACUCAUGAUGACUCUGAAGUGCGUCCGGUCGUCCAGAAAGGCCGCUAAUUUGAAUCGCUCAUCGUCAGCGUCCAUAGGAAAUCAUUCCUCCUCAUAGCCAAAGUGGAAGAAACCUCCGAUUUCCUUAUUCCUGGUCAUAUUCCAGGUGAACGUCUAACUGGCCGUGCUCCUACCACGAUCUGCAAGAACGCGUAGGUGCCUUAAUCGGCAAUGGAUAAACAUUACACAGCCAAGGUGCUCGGAGUUUUGUGAGAUAGGUGUGGGAUAUCGAGCUCUAAGCUGCCGCCGCCGCCACUCUUUGGUGUAUAUACGUGCCUAUUGGAGGAUGAUACUGUAACUAUUAUCAGAGCACAUAGAUAUAGAUACUUGUGACAAUGAAACCUCUGACCCUAUACACCUGUAAUGCCUUAAUUUAUGUACAGUGAUCAAAUUCGUUGAUUGACAAAGUCGAUCUCUCCAA